AUGUGCGAUGCCUCCGUUGCGCUGCAGCUGGCAGCUUUCGUUUCCUUCUUCACCGUGCUGCACGGUGUGGCCCACGGCGCAAUCGGUGCCUUGGGCGGGCUCAAUCCCGACUUCUUGGACAGCCUGCGGCCGCAGCAUGCACCGCUGCCUCUGGCUUUGGCCGUGUAUUUGGGCAUCGCCUCGUUCCUGGCGAUCGGGCCCUUCGUAGGAUAUGUUCACGGUGUUCCGCUGGGCCUCUGCGUGAUGAUUCAUGGGCUGUCCAUGUGGCUCUUCGUGGCCUACGUGCCCUUGCAGUUUGCUUUCGGUGCCGUGCAGCUGGUCUUGAACUUCUGGAUCUGCAUUCCUCGGCUUCUGCUCCUCGGAUGGCGCACACCUGCGGAGGCAGCGAAGCGCUUGGAGGAUGGCUGGCCAAUCAUCAGCGUAGGCGUGCUUCUGCUGAUGCCAGUCGUCUUCUCAGAGAUGCUGCUCUGCGAGUCCCUGCGGCACCUUUCAGGCCAUGCGCUCUACGAUGGCUCCCUGCUGCUGCUGACCUUCGUGUACUCUUCCAGGGAUGGGAUUGAUGGCAUUGCUGUGCGCGAUUUGAAUGAACGCCGCCCUGCCAAGAUCAAGAUGCUGGUCUUGGAUGAAGCGGACGAGAUGUUGAAUCGAGGCUUCAAGGAGCAGGUCUACGACAUCUACCGGUACCUUCCUCCAUCCACACAGGUGGUGCUGGUGUCAGCCACCAUGCCUCACGAAGUGCUGGAGAUGACGCACAAGUUCAUGAACAACCCCUUCAGGGUCUUGGUGAAGCGCGAUGAGCUGACGCUGGAAGGCAUCAAGCAAUUCUUCGUUGCUGUGGAGCGCGAGCAGUGGAAGUUCGACACACUGUGCGAUCUCUACGACACGCUGACCAUCACUCAGGCGGUGAUUUUCUGUAACACCAAGCAGAAGGUGGACUGGCUCACGCAAAAGAUGAGAGAUGCAAACUUCACCGUGGCCUCCAUCCACGGUGAUAUGCCGCAGAAGGAGCGCGAUGCGAUCAUGCAGCAGUUCCGCUCCGGCACGAGCCGCGUGCUGAUCUCCACGGACCUUUGGGGCCGCGGUUUGGAUGUGCAGCAGGUGUCUUUGGUGAUCUGUUAUGACCUGCCCAACAAUCGAGAGCUCUACAUCCACCGCAUUGGCCGUUCCGGCCGUUUUGGGCGCAAGGGUGUCGCCAUCAACUUCGUGAAGAACGAUGACAUCCGAAUUCUGCGAGAUAUCGAGCAGUUUUACUCCACCCAGAUUGAUGAGAUGCCCAUGAACGUCGCAGACCUCAUUUGA